AUGGAUGUGCUGUGGAGUGUCGGGAGGUCUCCUGCUGGAAAGGGUCCACCAGGACCUCCAGGCAAAGAUGGCCAAGAUGGACUCCCAGGCCUUCCCGGACCCCCAGGCAUUCCUGGACUUGGCGGAAAUUUUGCAGCUCAAUAUGACCCAUCCAAAGCUGGCGGCUUUGAUUCUGGAGCACAGGGUAUCAUGGGACCUAGAGGCCCUCAAGGACCCUCUGGAGCUCCUGGUUCUCAAGGUUUCCAAGGACUUGCAGGAGAGCCUGGUGAGCCCGGUCAGAAUGGUCCCGUAGGUUCCAGAGGACCCUCUGGCCUCCAAGGAAAACCAGGUGAAGAUGGUCACUCCGGCAAACCUGGAAGACCUGGAGAGACAGGUCCAGUUGGUUCUCAGGGUGCUCGUGGCUUCCCUGGAACUCCUGGUCUCCCUGGAUUCAAAGGCAUUAGAGGACAUACUGGCAGCGACGGACAGAAGGGAACUACUGGUGCCAUUGGUGUCAAGGGUGAGAAUGGUGCUCAUGGUGAAAAUGGUUCUCCAGGUCAGGCUGGCGCUCGUGGUCUCACUGGUGAAAGAGGACGCAUUGGAGCCUCAGGCCCUGCUGGUGCCCGUGGAAGUGAUGGUAGCUCUGGCCCAGUCGGACCUGCUGGCCCAAUUGGUUCAGGUGGUGCCCCUGGUCUAUCUGGUGCUCCUGGUCCCAAGGGUGAAAUAGGACCUGCAGGUAACACUGGCCCAACUGGUGCUGCUGGAGGAAGAGGUGAGCCCGGACCCUCUGGUGUUCUUGGCCCUGCUGGACCACCUGGUAACCCUGGAAACAAUGGUGUCAAUGGAGCAAAGGGUGCAGCUGGUCUUCCUGGUGUAGCUGGUGCUCCUGGUCUGCCUGGAGGUCGUGGUAUUCCUGGACCAUCUGGACCUGCUGGCCCUGCUGGAGCCAGAGGUCUUGUUGGAGAUCCUGGUACUGCUGGUGGUAAAGGAGAUACCGGAGCAAAGGGUGAGCCUGGUUCUGCUGGUCCCUCUGGUAAUGCUGGUCCUUCUGGAGAAGAAGGAAAGAGAGGACCCAAUGGAGAGGCUGGAUCUUCUGGCCCCGCUGGAAAUGCUGGAAUUAGAGGUGUUCCUGGAACUCGUGGUCUGCCUGGUCCUGAUGGAAGAGCUGGCGGCAUUGGCCCAGCUGGUAACCGUGGUGCUUCUGGUUCUCCAGGAGCAAGAGGUCCCAAUGGAGAUGCUGGACGCCCUGGAGAGCCAGGUCUUCUUGGAGCAAGAGGUCUUCCUGGCUUCUCUGGAAGUCCUGGUCCUGCUGGCAAAGAAGGUCCUGCUGGUCUCCAAGGUAUUGAGGGUCGUUCUGGUCCUGCUGGUCCAGCUGGAGCCAGAGGUGAACCUGGUAGCAUUGGAUUCCCUGGACCCAAAGGUCCAAAUGGUGAGCCCGGAAAGAAUGGAGAAAGAGGAAACCAAGGUCCUUCUGGAAACAGAGGAGCCCCAGGUUCUGAUGGAAACAACGGUGCCCAAGGUCCUGCUGGUCUUGGUGGUUCUCAAGGAGAAAAGGGUGAACAAGGUCCAUCUGGUGCCCCAGGUUUCCAGGGUCUGCCAGGUCCCGGUGGUCCCCCAGGAGAAGUUGGCAAACCCGGUGAAAGAGGUGCCCCCGGUGAUUUUGGUCCUUCUGGUGUUGCUGGUACUAGAGGUGAGCGUGGUGCCCCUGGUGAGAGUGGAGGAGCUGGUCCUUUUGGAGCCCUCGGACCCCGUGGACCAACUGGUGCCCCAGGAACUGAUGGAAACAAAGGAGAGCCUGGUGCUGCUGGUCUAAAUGGAGGUCUUGGACCCCAGGGACCUGGUGGAAUCCCAGGAGAGAGAGGUGCAGCUGGAAUCCCAGGAGGCAAGGGUGAAAAGGGUGACGGUGGCAAUGCUGGAGAUUAUGGUAACCCUGGAAGAGAUGGUGCUCGUGGUCCCGCUGGUGCUGCUGGUGCCCCUGGUCCAAGUGGUGCUCCCGGUGACAGGGGUGAAUCUGGACCUUCUGGUGCUUCUGGUGCUGCUGGUCCACGUGGUACUCCUGGUGAACGUGGUGAAGCUGGUCCCGCUGGUCUUACUGGUUUUGCUGGACCUCCUGGUGCUGCUGGUCAUUCUGGAGCUAAGGGAGAGAGAGGUCCAAAGGGAGUCAAAGGAGAACUUGGUUCUUCCGGUGCUCUCGGCCCUGCUGGUGCUGUUGGCCCUAAUGGUCCCAAUGGACCUGCUGGAUCCCCUGGUGCUCGUGGUGAUGCUGGUCCUUCUGGUGCAACUGGAUUCCCUGGCCCUGCCGGAAGAGUUGGUGCUCCCGGACCCUCUGGUAUUGGUGGUCCUCCUGGUCCAACUGGUUUCCCUGGCAAAGAUGGUCCAAGAGGUCCACGUGGUGACAGUGGCCCUGUUGGUCGUCCUGGUGAACCAGGUCAUGCUGGCCCACAAGGUCUGGCUGGAGAUAAAGGUUCUUCUGGAGAAUCUGGUCCUGCUGGUCCACCUGGUACCGCAGGUCCCUCUGGUGUUCUUGGUUCUCGUGGUAUUCUUGGUCUUCCUGGUACAAGAGGAGAGCGUGGUCUUCCUGGUGGAGCUGGUGCCCCCGGUGAUUUUGGUCCUUCUGGUCUUGCUGGUUCUUCAGGUCCUCGCGGUCCUUCUGGUGCAGCUGGAAAUCCGGGACCUGUCGGACAUGCUGGUGAAGCUGGUCGUGAUGGCAACCCUGGUAACGAUGGACCUUCUGGUCGUGAUGGUCUUCCAGGCCCUAAGGGAGAGCGUGGCUACCCUGGUAACACUGGCCCUUCCGGUCUCGCUGGAGCUCCUGGUCCCGCUGGAUCUACUGGUGCUGCUGGUAAAUCUGGAAACCGUGGUGAGCCUGGUCCCUCUGGUUCUGCUGGUUCUGUUGGUCCUGCUGGUGCAAGAGGCCCUUCUGGUCCCCAAGGUAUUCGUGGUGACAAAGGUGAAGCUGGUGAGAGAGGAGGCAGAGGUCUUGAAGGUCGCAAAGGACACAAUGGUCUGCAAGGUCUUCCCGGUCCUGCUGGUUCUUCAGGAGAGACUGGUCCCGCUGGUUCUGUUGGUCCAGUUGGUCCUCGGGGUCCAUCUGGUCCAUCAGGUCCUCCAGGCAAAGAGGGUCGUUCUGGACAUUCUGGCUCCAUUGGUCCCGUUGGUCCCCGUGGUCCACCUGGUUUCACAGGUCCCGCUGGUCCUCCUGGUCCCCCUGGUCCUGCUGGUUACCCUGGUCCAUCUGGUGGUGGAUAUGAAGUAUUUGAAGGAGGUGAAUACUACAGAGCUGACCAACCUGCUCGUAAACCCAAGGAUUAUGAAGUUGAUGCUACUCUGAAAUCUCUGAGCAACCAGAUUGAGAUCAUCCUGACCCCAGAAGGCUCAAGAAAGAACCCAGCCCGUACUUGCCGCGAUUUAAGACUCAGCCACCCUGACUGGACAAGCGGAUUCUACUGGAUUGACCCCAACCAAGGCAGCUCUUCUGAUGCCAUCAGAGCAUUCUGCGACUUCUCUACUGGUGAGACCUGCAUCCACGCCAACCCAGACAGCAUUCCCCAGAAGAACUGGUACAUCAACAAAUCCAUCAAGGAGAAGAAGCACGUCUGGUUCGGUGAAACCAUCAACGGUGGCACACAGUUCGAAUACAAUGAGGAAGGUAUCACUCCCAAGGAUAUGGCCACUCAAUUCGCCUUCAUGCGUCUGCUGGCUAACUAUGCCUCCCAGAACAUCACCUACCAUUGCAAGAACAGCAUUGCCUAUAUGGAUGGAGAAAAUGGCAACCUGAAAAAGGCCAUGCUUCUUCAAGGAUCCAAUGACGUUGAAUUCAGAGCAGAGGGCAACAGCAGAUUCACUUUCAACGUUCUUGAAGAUGGCUGCACGAGACACACGGGCGAAUGGGCCAAGACAGUCAUCGAAUACUCAACGAACAAACCAUCGCGCUUACCCAUCCUAGACAUUGCACCUUUGGAUAUUGGUGGUGCCGACCAAGAGUUUGGAGUGGACAUAGGCCCAGUCUGUUUCAAAUAAAUGAACAAUUUCAAAUGAACUAACUUAAGACACGUCCUCUCUUUGCCCCAUUUUUAAUACCAAAAGCUGACACCUUUCAACCAUCUGGGCAAGAGGAGGAAUUUUUGUUAUAUAAAAAAAAAAAAGGAGCAUCGUGCAAUCUAAUACGUACCAAAAGAGGAUACGAAAAGUGUUUCACAAUCGUAACAUCAAAACAA